AUGAAGAGAAAGGCGGAAAGCCAUGCUUCUGGCAAAAAAGCCGGCAGCAAGAAGCCCAAGACCACCAUAAGCCCACAAGAUGCGAAGAAGCGCUUUCGCAAGGGUCUUUUCGACGACUCCGUUCUAGAAUCAUACACGAACGAAUAUGCAGAGUCCUCGCCGUACAAACACGCUGUCAUCCACGAGCUGGUCGAUGACAAGCUGCUCCGGUCGGUUCGAAGCGAAAUCCGCGACAAUGUACAAUUCACCCCCAAAGAGACGGAUAUCUACAAGAUCCACCAGUCCGGCGAUCUUGCCAACCUGGAUGGCUUGGACGACGAGUCUCUGGCCAAGCUCCCCUCGCUGCUUUCUCUUCGCGAUGCCAUUUACUCCGAGACGUUCCGCAACUACGUCUCUGGCAUCACCGGCUGCGGACCUCUGAGUGGCAAGAAGACGGACAUGGCCAUCAACAUUUAUACUCCCGGUUGCUACCUGCUCUGCCACGACGAUGUCAUUGGCAGCAGGCGAGUCAGCUACAUUCUCUACCUGACCGAUCCCGACACUCCUUGGAAGCCUGAAUGGGGCGGCGCAUUGCGUCUGUUCCCGAUCCAGGAGAUCAAGAACAAAGAUGGCGAGAUUGCCAAGACACCGCUCCCUGACGUGGUCAAGGUCAUUCCUCCCGCCUGGAACCAGCUGAGCUUCUUCGCCGUCCAGCCUGGCGAGAGUUUCCACGACGUCGAAGAGGUGUACCACGCCGAGACAAAGGAGCAGCUGGAAAAGGAGGGUGGCCGCGUGCGCAUGGCUAUCAGCGGUUGGUUCCAUAUCCCCCAGAUUGGAGAGGACGGAUACAUCGAGGGCGAGGAGGAGAGAAACGCAAAGAACAGCGGCCUCAUGCAGCUCCAGGGCAAUCCUGCUCAGUACGAUGCGCCGCAGGCACAGCCUGUCAAGGUCGAGGAUGCAAAGGGCAGCGAGGCCGAGUUUGAGGAAGCAGACUUGGAGUUUUUGCUGCAGUACAUUGCGCCGACGUAUCUGACGCCUGAUACGUUGGAGCAAGUCUCGGAGCACUUUGAAGAGAACUCGAGCAUCACGCUCGGAGACGUCUUGUCCAAGAAAUUCUCCAAACGCUUACAGGAUUACAUCCAAGCACAAGAAAAGGCCACCCUUCCCGAGGAGAGCUCAGCCAUUGAAAAGUCCACUUCAUGGAAAGUGUCAAAACCGCCCCACAAGCACAGAUAUCUCUACCAACAGCCCUCUGCGUCAAGCAAAUCUCGCAAAUCGGCGGAAGAGUCACCGAUUUCAGAGCUGCUGGAUAAGCUCUUCCCAAGCCGUCAGUUCCGUAACUGGCUGCAAGUCGCAACAGGCUGCACCAUUGAGAGCCACGACGUCAUGGCCAGGCGAUUCCGUCGUGGAAUGGACUAUACUCUUGCUACUGGCCACGACGGCAAGCCUCGUCUGGAGCUCAACCUGGGCCUCACCCCAACAACCGGCUGGGGAGACGCCGCCGACGACGAAGAAGAAGACGAAGAAGCCCAAGCUGAAAAGGAAGCCAAGACCAUUGGAAAGAAUAAGAAGAAGGGCAAGGGCAAGGCUAAGGCCGUGGAGGAGCCGGAAAAGGAGGUCGUCGAGGUUGGUGGUCAUGAAGUGUACAUGGCUGGCGACGACGACACCAACGAGGACGCGGCAGUGUACAAGUCUAGCGGAGACGACGACAACAUCUUGUUCUUCCAGGCUGCGGCGUGGAAUAAGAUGACGCUCGUUUUGCGGGAUAGCGGUGCCCUCAAGUUUGUAAAGUAUGUGAGCAAGAAGGCCAAUGGCGACAGGUGGGAUAUCUCAGGCGUGUUUGAAGUAGAGGAGCGAGAGGACGACGACGAGGAUGAAGAUGAUGACGAAGAGGAUGCAGAAGAUGAUGACGAGGACGAAGACGAAGACGAAGAGGUGUUUGAAGGGUUCUCGGAUUAG